AUGCGUCGUACAUACCCAAAGCAAAGUCUAGGACCACACAAAUACGUCACAGCAACAAAGCGGUUAGAGUCAAACCGAUUAGAUUCAAAUGACGAUUUUGUUCUUGAGAUUGUGAAUAUUUUGGAAAGUCAAGCGGUAAAGGACACAGAGGCUCUUGCUGUUGUCAGGGUAUUAAAUGAAAAAGUUCGCGUAAAGUUAGAUACUGGAGCAGCGGUAAAUAUUAUGCCCAACAAUAAGAAAAUAUCAAAAGCC